UUUGUGAGUUCAAGGUAGUAUUACCGCAGCUGAAAUCCGCACUGAAAUUAGGCGUGGUCCUCCCCUUCUUUUCUGCUUCAGCCGGCAACGCCAUCCAUGCUCGCUGUUAUCUAGCUUUCUUGUCACGAUUCAAGUACCGCCUUACAGAUGGUUCUACAAAGACAUAGCAUUUUCUGGCGAUGCUAUUUACUUCCUCGUAUGGAUCGCACGGCGAAGGAGCUCCUCUACCCGCACUGGUUUUGUGAGUUCAAGGUAGUAUUACCGCAGCUGAAAUCCGCACUGAAAUUAGGCGCGGCCCUCCCCUUCUUUUCUGCUUCAGCCGGCAACGCCAUCCAUGUUCGCUGUUGUCUAGCCUUCUUGUCAUGAUUCAAGUACCGCCUUGCAGAUGGUUCUACAAAGGCAUAGCAUUUUCUAGCGAUUCUGUUUACUUCCUCGUAUGGAUCGCACGGCGAAGGGGCUCCUCUACCCGCACUGGU